AUGUCUUCUCUAUCAUCUACCCAGGAUCCCAUCAUCACUAUUGCUACUGCCACCCUCUGCCGCCAUUGCCAAUCCACCGCCCAAAUGCUCACGACCCAGGCGCUCAUCCUCGACCUGCACGAUCCGCAAAGGCUCACUACGGCUUGUGAGGUGCGCUGGGUCGGCGCGAAGGCCAAAUCGAGCGCGGCCAUCGACUUCCUUCGCACGUGGAUCAUCGAGCACGAGAUCCACUCUUCGAAAGAUUUAGAAGCGCACUUGGAAGAGAACGAAGACGAGAAGAGGACGCUGGCAAGAGGGAUUCUAAGCGUGGAAAGCUUGGCAGCGUUCGGAGAGGUUGCGGUGAGAGAUGAGCGGACGCCGAAGAAAGGCGUCGCAAAGGGACAGAUAUUGGAUCUGGAAAGCUGGGUCUUGAUGAAGUGCGUGGCGAGGUGUACGAAGGCGGUGCUGCAAGAUGUGUGGAGAGAGCAUGAGGGGCAUAAGGCAGAGGAUGAUGGGGAAAAGAUGGUAGAGGAUGAGAGAGAAGAGGAGAGCCGUGAGGAACAGGAUCCAAGUGCAAGUGCGGAUGCGUGGAUGCAGCCGCCAUCUUCGUCGUCGCAACGGACGGCUAGCCCGAAACCGACCUUGGGAUCACCGUCCGAUGCGCUGAUGGAGUUGCCAGGCCAGUUCCAAGAGUCUCGCGAUGAUGGAUCUGGCUCCAGCUCAGACUCGGGCUUUUUCGCGAGCCCGGUGGCACAUCAGCGACGGAGCUCUUUUUCGGCGGCCUAUCGGACAGAAAGAGGGUCGCAUCUGUCGCCGGAUCAGCUUGCUGGACUCGCAGCCGCGAUUAAAAAGAAACGCGCCGAGUUCGAUAGCGUCCUGACUGCAGGCGAACGGCUGGAGAAAGAAGUCCGGAAGCAGGAGAUCGCGGUCCAGAAGCAAGAGAUAGAGAUUGAAAAACAGCAAGAGGAGAUCACAAAGCAGGCAAAGCGGCUCUCGUGUCUCAAGAAAGCGGUAGCCGAAGAAGAAGCGCGCUUGAACCGUAUCAGCGAGCGAAUCCCGAUAGCGCAGAAGGUCAUCACCUCAGCCGAGGAGGUGGUUACGGAAUGGAAAGUGCAAGUAGGAGAUAUAAGGAAGAGAUUAUGGCGAUGGUGGAAAGUAUUGAAUUGUGCGGUUGUCAAAGCGGAGAUGGUGUUGAAGAAGCCUUCCGGUGAUAGCAAGGGUGGUAAAGCAGAGGAUGAGGAUAGGGACGAGGGCAAGGAUGAGGGUACGAGGUUAGGAUUGGAAGGGUUGUUUGAAGAAAGGGUUAGGUUUGAAGAGGAAGUGGAGCUCUUAACAACAUCGGUUAAGGAGCGGAUGAAGGGGUUUGCUCGAGCUGUUCGGGGGUUGAAUAAGGAGUAA